GGCCGGCGGCGGCCUCCUUCUGGGAUCUGGGGAGGGCCGGGCCGCGGGAACCCGGGCUGCGCUGGGGUCUGUGCGGGGCCGCGGGGCCAGGGGGUCAGGGGGCCAGGGGGCCGCCCCUCCUCCUCAGCUGCCGGACGCAGGGCUCGGCCUCCGCCUCUCGGCUCGGGAGCGUCCUUGAGGACGGAGACCGGCGAGGGCGGCUGCGCCGGCCCUGGAGGUUGCAGCUGCCUCUUUUUGAAAGUUGGGUUGGGCCCCACGAGUGACUUUCGACAGACCUUUCCACUCCCACCGUCUGUGGCCUUAGGGCCUUCCCUUCUCCUCCCGCCCACCCCUCUGGAUGUUUCGGGGAGUUAGAAGGGAGCUGGAUUGAGAGACUGUAUUAGGGGCGGGGGUAUGGAACGUAGUGGAAAGGGCAGAAAUUUGGAUCUCAGUUCGCGCCCACCCCGCAGGCGCCUCCCGCGAGCGGGGCCCUCUGUGAGUGAGACAAGCUCCGCUUCCUUUACGCGCCUCACCUGGCGCGUGGGAAGAGGUCGGCAGCCCUCCACCGCAGAACCUCCGGAAGGGAUGUCCUCUGCCCUGCGCCUCUGGCCGGGGGCUGUGGUCCCCCCAGGCCGUCGAGGGGAUGCUGAGGCCGGUCCCCAGAGGAACAUGACUUGGCUGGUCCGGAGGAGCUCUGAGGGCUUGGGCAAUCUUGGCUCGCUGCAACCUCAGCUUCCAGAGUUCAAGACAGAGCGGGAUGCCACCAGCUGGUCCAAAGGGAAGUUCCAGGAGCUUCUGGUGGGCAUCGUUGUGGAGAAUGACGCUGGCCGCGGCGAGAUCAGCGAGUUGAAGCAGGUGGAAGGGGAGGCUUCGUGCAGCAGCCACAAAGGAAAGCUGAUUUUCUUCUAUGAGUGGAACAUCAAACUGGGCUGGAAAGGUAUCGUUAAAGAGUCUGGAGUGAAGCACAAGGGAUUGAUUGAAAUACCCAGUCUUUCUGAGGAAAAUGAAGUAGAUGACACUGAGGUGAACGUGAGUAAAAAGAAAGGAGAUGGGGAUAUACUGAAGGAUCUUAUAAAAACUGCAGGCACCGCCAAGGUCAGGGAGGCCCUUGGAGAUUACCUGAAGGCACUUAAGACGGAAUUUACAACGGGAAUUUUACCAACGAAAGCUAUGGCAACCCAGGAAUUGACUGUCAAAAGAAAACUGAGUGAGAAUACCCUGCAGGUUCAGGCCUCAUCUCCAGUGGCACUGGGUGUAAGGAUUCCCACUGUGGCUCUUCACAUGAUGGAACUGUUUGACACAACUGUAGAGCAGCUAUAUAGCAUCUUCACUGUAAAGGAUUUGGUGCAAAAGUUUUCUAAAUCUACUGCUGUAUUAGAAGCCGAAAAGGGAGGGAAAUUCCAGAUGUUUGAUGGGAACAGCACUGGUGAAUAUCUAGAAUUGUUAACAAAUAAGAAGAUCAUCAUGAAAUGGAGAUGUAGAAACUGGCCAGGAGGAAGUAUACUGAAGAUGCAAGUUUUUUUCAUCUGGAGUUCUGCCUGACCAAGAAUUAAGCCUAUAAAUCUAUCUUGCCAUUCAAGCAGAGAGCACUGGACAAAAUGAAGCACAAAAACAAAUAAGCAAAACUUAUACAAACAGCAUGGGGGUGAGGGACUUAAAAGUAGACAUGCUACACCUAAUGUCAAGAAGCAGCUUGGUUUCCUUUGCCAGAUAUCCUUGUGACCACAUGGAUUGUAGAUUCAAUGGUCCUACACAGGGUAUCUAAAAUGUCAUGUUGCCGCAUAUGACUAAAGAGUCCUCUGGAAUGGCCACAACUGAGAGAUAAAGCAACCUCAGGGUCCUGGGAGGGCAAAGCUUGGCCAUCACAGCUUCUCAAGUCAGCUAAGUCAGACAGAACUGCAGAGAUAGAAGUAGAAGGGAACUCAGAUUCUUCCUCGGCUAGGGUAGAAUCCUUGGAACAGUGGAGGUCUUUAAAUUCUUUACAAUCGUCAUAUCUGCCAUUGCUGGACUGUUCUUCUGCAUGCUGUGACCUGAUAUUUGACAUGUCUUCUGAAAACGAAGAUGGAACUUCCAUUCGGUAUUCCUUAAAAGAACUAUUUUCAGGGGAAGGAAGAUCUUGCUCAGUUCCUGGAUCAAUAAUUGAAGAGUCUCUGGUCUCAUUGUCAGAAGUGCUCGUUGGGGUCAGGACCUCCCUGGUUUCUGUUUUCAUGUCACUGAUGCAGCUGUCUACAGUGUGCUCCUCAUCACUGCUAACACGCCGCCUUUUAACGGGAGUUGCUCCUUCAUCAUCUGUGAAAACACAUGCCAAAACGGAAACUUGUCUGAAAGUCAUUAAGAUCACGUGGCGUGGGGGGGGAUGUGGGAAGUUAAUUUUGUUUCUAGCAUUUAUAUUUAGGAGGUUCAGCUGAACACACAACUAUUAAACCAGUUACACCAAGUGUAUUACUCCCUCCUCCCACCCUAAAGGUAAUGGUAGUCCAUAAAGCUAACCUUUAGUUUUUCUUUCUUUGGCUUCUUGCUCUUGGAGUGAGUUUCUCUGUUGCAGACAAGACCUGCAUUUGCUUAAAAGCUCUUGCAGAGUUGGAAUUAGAGCUGGGUUUAACUGUUUGGGAGUGUGUACUGACAGGAGCAAAGCAAGCGCCCUCAGGUCCUACAAAAACCCAGAUAAGAACAUUUCAAAUUCUAAAGCCAACACUUUGAUGCAGUUGUUCACAGUUAAUUGCAGAUGUUUAUUUUCCCAGGAAUCCAUUCUUUCCUAAGAAUACCCUGGUUUUUCUGGGAUUCUUAGAAUGAUCAAACCAGAAAGCCAGUGUUAGGAGGAUACUACAGCAUUUCAUUAGGUUUUUUUUUUUUUUUUGAGAUGGAGUCUUGUUCUGUGGCAAGGCUGGAGUGCAGUGGUGUAAUCUCGGCUAGCUGCAACCUCCACCUCCUGGGUUCAAGCGAUUCCCCUCCCUCAGCCUCCCGAGUAGCUGGGACUACAGGCACCCGCCACCAUGCCUGGCUUAAUUUUUUGUAUUUUAGUAGAGACGGUUUCACCAUGUUGGCCAGGAUGGUCUCAAUCUCCUGACCUCGUUAUCCACUGGCCUCUGCCACCCAAAAUGCUGGGGUUGCAGGCAUGAGCCACCGUGCCCGGCCUCAUUAGUUCUUAAAGUCACUAAUAGCAUUAUUUUAUGCCCACGAACCAGUAAGUCAGACCAAAGCCUGAAAUAGUGUUUUCUGAAAAUGGAAAAGGAAAUAUAAGAAUUUUAAAAACAAACCUUGAAAUCAUAGUUUCUCAAGUUAAAUUCUGACAGAUGUCACAAAUAGUAAGGUCUUCCUUACUGGGCUCUGUCAUCUGUUCUGGCUUUUAUGCAUACUGUGAUUUGGGAGGCUGCUGCUCAACAUUCUAGCCCAUUUCCAGAGUGUUCCAUUAUUCUAGGACAUGGGAGUCUGUACAAGGCAACUAAUGCUCUAGAUUUAACUGCCUUUUUAAAUCAGUAGAUCAUUAAUUGUUACAUAGGAGCCACAGGCAGUAAUAGAAACAUCACAAGUAAUGUUUCCAAAAAUAUACCCUAGUAGAGAUAAGACCACUAAGAUGUUCCCUUUAUUACCCUUAGCAUUUAAUGAUAUCAGCUUGUAGCUUCCAAGGUGAUAGAGUGCUAUGUACAUACAAGGCAUAGUGAACGCGUAUUUAAAAUUUGUUUUUUGUCGUACGUGGCUUAGAGGUCGAAUCAGUAAGUUAAAGUUACAAGAGUAAAAUCAUAUGAAGGCCACAGUUAACUGAAGGACAGUUUAAAAGUGUGUGCCGCCGCCUCUGCAUGGUUCUUACCCCAUUUAAAGAAGCACUUGCUUUGGAAAUUUCAACUCGGUUGGAGAAAUCAGACUGUAGGUUCUGAUACUGACUUAUCAAGUUUGUAAUAAGAGUGCUGAUCAAAUUGGCACAGUUUGCUUCAGAAAACACUUGACUUUGAACCUGAAAAAGAAGAUUUAAAAAAAUCUCCAAAAGACCAGCAUAAUGAAAACACAAGCAUUAAUUGGAAAUGACACAUUGAGUUUCCAAAGUACUACGUACCUUUAGAAGGAAAUGUGUCAUGAACGUGUAGACAAUGUUGUUGUUUAAAAAAGUUCUUUCAUCCAUUAGGAUACAUUUAAUAUAUUCUGCGAAAACAGGAUCUUCACACAAAAGCUUGAUGCAAUUUUUUGACAUAGCAGACUAAAGUGGGGAGAAGAUGGUUGAGCACUUAUGGUUGAGCACGGAAAAAACUUACACGGAAAAAACAUACUUGUGUAUGAUGGAAUCUGAAGCCACUGAAAAUCCUACGUGAAAAGCCAUGUCUAACUCACCUAUUGAAUUUUUAGUUAACAGCAACUAUCUUUCAUACAGUAAAAUGUUACUAAUUUAGACUAUGGGAGUGCUGGGGGGGAGACACUGAUGCCAAAACUGAACAAAUGUUUUAAAAGAAAUGCAGGUUUAUUAUCCAGCACUGAGAGAGUUAACAAGGACUGGAAAAAUAAGGCUAACUAAGAAUAGGAUGUCAAUGUUUUCAAGGGCCAAAUUAAUGUAUUUAUAGGUAACCAGAGCAUAUGUUGCGAAAAGACACAUUUUAAGAAUCAGAAUCAAUUUAUUCUCCAAAAUGUUUUAAACUUUACUGUAUAUUCUCAUUAGCAACAGUAAUUCUGUAAAUACCUUUUCCCCCCAUAAACACUGCAAAGGUAAACAAUAAAUCUUCUUUCCUAAUUAUCUCACACAGAA